AACAGACACAGCAGUGGAAGAACACCAGAUCUUCAGUCCAAUGGACAAGCAAUCCCACCGACGCCUCAUCCCAUAGGAUAGAGGACUAUUCUGAUGAUAUAUCUACAAUCCCAGACAGAUUUGUUAAUCAACCUACACUGUAUGACAAAAUCUCAACUGGAUAAGAAACAGGAUGCUGAAAGUGAUUUCCUACGGACAAACUACAGACGGAUUCACAUCAUCCUAGCAGACCAGUGUCUACAUCAAAAGAAAGAUGAGGCUGGUCUCUGCUCAGUUUGAACUAUUGGUGGUUUGGAUCAUCGGCUCCUGGGGUUGGUUAAGUAAUAAAUGCGUCCUCUAUGACAAGAAAUCUAAUUACUGGCUAUCCAUUCACUCCAGUUCCUGCCCUCACAGCAACCUAACUGCCGUUUGCUGGGAUUUAUCUGAUCUCAAACUCAACCUUUCCAUUGUUCCGUCAAACUACCAGGCUCUCUGUCUCGAGAUCAGGAGUGGGUCUGUGAUGCAGUCUGGGGCUUUAUCUCGAUUCUCCGUCCUUGAGACCAUUCACAUACGCGGAUGUCUGCCCACAAUUCUCCCUGGAACCUUCAAGGGGCUGUCCCAUGUGAAGAAACUCUAUCUGCUGUGUAUGGAACAGUGUUACAAUUCCUCACUUCUACCUAACACAUUCAGUGACCUGACUAAUCUUGAGGAAUUGUCCAUUGAGAACUACAGGCUUUCUGUGAUGGCUCCGGACGCAUUAGGAGGGAUACCUCUUCUGAAGAAACUCAAAGUCGAUAGUUGUACAGAAGAGCUCUCUGAUUUGCUAUGUAGGAUAGUCAAUAUGGCCCAAUCACAUGGCUGA